CUGCAUCAUUUCUCCCAGAGUUCGAUCGACACAUUGAAGUGGAAACUGUCCUUAAGUCGACCUGAAGCCAGUUCAGAAAAACAUCUUCAUCAUGAGAAGCGCUCACGUCCUCCUGCUGUGCAUGCUGGGAGCUGCUUUGCUCUCCUCUGGCCUCUGCAGCGAUGAACCCGGCCUCGAGGUCUGCUGCUUCAGAUUAUACUCGGGGAGGGUGAACAAAAACCAGAUCCGCUCUUAUUUCAUGAGCGAUGAACGCUGCCAGCUGACUGCAGCCAUUCUGGUCACGAAAAGGUCUCUUCAACUCUGUGUGGAUCCAAACAUGCCCUGGGUUAAGAGCAUCAUGAGGAGUUUGGACAAGGAGUCCUUUUAAUCCAACUCCCUGUCGGUCCAUGCACUAUAACAGCAUGUCCAUAUAUGGUCGUUAUGUUUGUAUUAAUGUGAAAAUCUACUUAAAUCGAGAAGAACCUAUUAAACCAUGAAUAUUCUUAUAAACCAACUUAUUAUUAUCCUUUGUCUUUAUAAUAAUCUUAAAAUGUUUUUUUAACACAACUUUUUAAGCAACUUCUGAAUAAAAUAAUCACUCUUCAUUGCUCUGUUGUUUGUU